CUCUUUCGUGCAGCCAAAAAUUCAUUCGUUGCUGGAGUUGUUUGAAUGAAGAGGCAAGAAGUGCCCACUUAGAAAUGGGCGAAGAGUUUCACCAACGUCGGUAACCUUUUUUUCUGCAGUUGUAGGAACGUGCAAAGCGAAAGUCAAAUGUUGGCGGAUUAUUUAGGUCAGACUAUGUCUCUCUCUGGAGAAAACGACUACAUUCUUCUACUUUGUGUCCAUACCCUGAAUCAAAAUCAAUGAUCCGCACAGGACCACAGCCACAUCGUACUACUGCAUUUUUACCUAGCAUGUUUGACACUAGUUAAAACUUACUGGUAAUAAAAGCACAUUUCUUCGUGUUCCUGAGCAAGGUAGAGUUUACUCCCCCUCCCUGUCCCUCCUGUUACGAUAAAUAUUACCUGAUUUGUACAACUCCACUUUUUUACGCUCUCUGCAGCUAAGUACGGAGCAAUUAUACCAAAGGUCACUUGAAUUUCGAUUCCUACAUACUCCUGCUUCCGCCUAAUAAUAUCUUCCGAGCGAACGUCGCAGUCUAAGUAAAUUAUUCAAUACUCUGCGAAUAAAAACUUACAACAGCUGAGCUGUGUCCUCCAAAAUGCUGACCACAGCCGCCACCAUGGCGGCAAUUCGUUGGUACUACGGUACAGACGACGACGAGGAAAAUAGGGACGACGAAGAUGCUCCAGGAGAUCAUGCCUCCAACGCAAAUAAUCCAAACUCCGGCCUCUACGACGCCGCGCACCGCCGGUCUGAUGUCCUGCGCGACAAAGCCAUGCUGCACGUGCAAAAAAUUCGCGCAAGAGAUGGAACAACUACCAGGAGGCGUUCAUCGCGAGGUUCAUCCGGCGAAGAUUUUGGAUCAUUCGGUAGUUCCUUGGUGGAGGGGACUAGGCUGGAAGAGCAAAUGCGAGACGUGCGCAUUGGCGUGGGCCUCGCGGCGGGCGAGGUGGUGUCAACUACAUCUUCACGACCCGGCGACCGCAUCACCGAGCUGGCCGCCAUGCAGCGCGACGCCGAUAGAAUGCUGCAGCUGUACUGGGAUACGACGCAUGUUGGUGUAGAAAUUGGCCCCGGUGCGACAGGAGCAGGAGCAGCAGGCUCUGAUGUUACGUCGAGUGCACCGCGGGUAAAAACAAAUGUUACAGUACCUCAAGAUCAAGGUGUUUCAUCUUCUUCCACCAGCUCUAGCUCUACCUCGUCGACCACCGCGUCGUCCGGCACUGCAGCUUCUGGAUCUUCGACGCAGACGCCUAGCGGUGAGAGCACCUCUGCAUCUUCUGGUCAGGAGACGGCCGCUGGAAACAAGAAUCACCCCAACAUAGUUCCACCCCCGCCUCCUGCCAAAAACCACAACCUGGAGUUGUGCCUGCGUGAAAGCAGCAACGUUUCUCUGCAAAUGUUCCUAGAAGACGAGGAACCGUUUGGUCUCGAGCGGUUUCUGACGGCGUCUUCUAAAAAUAUAGGUGCAGGAAGUUGUGCUGGUAAAAACAAGCAAAGCGAUAAUGGUAAUGCUACAGGAGCGGCCGAUUUAAGUACAUAUAGCACCCAGGUUUUCCGAUCCAUGCCGCAGUACUGGAAAAUCAUGCUCUUCGAGGCAUUGCUCAGUCCGAAUUGCUCGCUAGACCCGGCCCGGCGGAGUAAACGAAAAACUAGUGCUGGUGAACAAGAUCAGAACACUAAGACGUCGGGCAGCAAUAAAGAUAAGGAUGAAGCCGCAGACUCUUCCAGCAACCAAUCCUGGUACAGCUGGCUCACAGGAGGAAGUGCUAACGACGCAAAACCUCGAAAGCGUCACACUGCUAGUGCACCUAAAAACACAGCUGUCGUCUCGACCUCUGCCAGCUCGUCUGACGAACGGGAAGCGAAUUCCAUCUCCCAGCGCCAGGGCCUCCAGGGGAAUCAAUUACCUACUGGAGGAAAGAAUAAGGGACAAGGCAAGCAAAGUACUUCUACUAAAGCAAAAGCAGUUGGGUCUACUACUACUUUCAGCCCGACAACGAGAACGGCGAGUAACGCCAUAGGCACGUCGACCACGAGUGCACUACAAGUACAACCACAGCGCGCAGGCGUACAACAACUUCUAACAAGCAGUAACUCAGCCACCGUCAAUAAAGCCAAAGAGCAGCACCAGCUGCAGAUGGAAAAAGAGUUCCAGCUGUGGCUCAAAAAUGCCUUAUUAGCGCUGACGGAAAAGGACGACCAAAAGAUGUACGAGUUCUUUUUUCACGACGUUUUUCACGGAAUCAGCGACUCGCUGGAAGAUCUCGUGGCCUGCGUCAUGGCGGACAUGCACGGAAUCACGAUAAGCAGUUCUACUGGGCGGGAUUCUUUUUCCAGCACACCAGAUAAGGUUAAUAGCGACCUUGUUCCAAAGAGACCAGGACCAGGAGCACAACCGAAUCAGAACACCACCGGCGAAAGGAUGUGGCAAAGAGGUAUGGGUAUCGCGACCUUCGAAGCCGCGUCUGGCUCCGUGUUCCCGUGGGCUGCGGUUCUGCGACCGUUUCUGCAGCUGUGCUUGUUGCGAAGAAGUUUUUUCGGGGGCUCUGAAGACCCGGAUGAUGAUGAUCCUGCGUUGACGAAAUUGGAGCUGGAAAACUCCCCGGCCGGGGCGCCACGACCCGCCAGGAGCACCAGCACAGAAGAUAAGGACAUUGACCCCGCCGCCCCACGACUUCGCCCAAUGUCAUUCAUGCUUUUGGUCCCUCUGCGGACUUCGGUGUUGAACCUUUCCGGACAAACCGCCUGCCGGAAGCUGUUUUGCACCCGUGAGAACGGCACCAGCUGGAAGAAUUUCUGCCAGAUUUUGUCUAGCUACGGAAGGGGCACGCCGUUGCUACUGCUGUGUAGCUGCAGAGUCGAUGUGGUGAGCAGGACCAGACGUUCGUCUAGUGUGAAGAUGAUGUCGUCCACAGACGAAAGACCCACGGAAGGAGAAGUACAACAAGAAGAAAAUCAGGAUCUUCAAAAUGAUAAUCAUCCAUCACUAACAUCAAGCGCCACAAGAACAGCAGCUCCCUGCACCACCACGACGACCUCGCGCUUGGUCGUUUUCGGUGCUUUUAUCCCCUGUGGCUUCGAGGAAACUCUAAAAGGCGAGUAUGUCACCGACAACCUUGGCGACACGGCGUUUCUCUUUGCCUCCAGUGGAACUUGUGCGGAAACUUCACCGCUAUUCGCAACCAGUGGAACUUGUGCGGAAACUUCCACGUACGGGGACGAGCAGCAACAGCAGCAGCAGCCGCAGCACCCCCUAGCAGGGCCACUUGUUCAUCCGCACGUCAACUUCCGGACCGCGGGCGUGAAGAGCAACCGGCGGAAGAACAACUUUACGUUAUGCUGUGCAAAAGUAUCGUACUCGUAGUAAUUGCAGCGAUGCAUUACAAAUCUGCUUCUUAAACUGAAUCGACAUGACAAAUUCCAUUUGUCAUGCUAAGCACACUUGUAUUGCAAUUACUACUAGUAAGAUGCUUUUGCAAUGCAUAUACGUACUUGAACAGCAAAAACCCGUACCAUCCCAAGGGGCUCGGCGUCGGCGGCCAGGGCGGCGACAUGUCCAGACUCUGGAUUGACGCGGACUUUAAUGGGCACAUGCUGGCCUCCGACUCUGUUUUCGACGACGGCCAGUUAGUCACGCAGGUUUUGCAGCAUAGGACCAAUUAUAAUAAGGCCCGUUCUACCGCCACUUCCAGCCCCCCGGACGACGACGACGACGAUGAAAGUGAACAGGAAAUAAAACCGCCAUUUCAGUGGGAGUUUCCGGAGAGGAUUCAGCUGCGCGUCUUCGCCGUCGGGUCUCCGGCGGCGCUGAAGGAGCAGGAAGUGCAGCACCUUGAAUCCCAGUGGCGACGGGAGAAAAACCGCGAGGCCCACCGCAAAGUGGACCGCAGCCGGUUCGCGGACAACGCCUUUGAUCGGGAGUUUCUGCUGCAAAACACCUUCGCCGCCGGCGGUGCUGGCGCUGACGCUGCCAGGGCUGCGGUGGAAGAGCAUCGGCGGGAGAAGAAGUGAGGGUUCUUGUGAUAAAUAUGCAUUUUUGUUCCAAAAAAAUUAUCACACGAAAAAGCAAAUUGGUGCGUCUAGGUCUAGGUUUCUAACACAAAUCCUGAUAUUCUCACCUAGCAAGGCUUCUUUUCGAGUUUGGUGAGUCUGAACGCUGGAGAGAGAAUUCUUUACUUGGACAGAAUCUUGACCUGCGAAAGGUGGAAGCUGCAAGAAAAAAAUAACAGCACAAAAUGGGGAAGAAGCAGAUGAAAAUCAUGUGACUACAGGUGAGUCAAAUUUUUAAACUACAAACGAAAUAAA